AUGCCCAAUUCAGAGUGGCGUAGACAGAGAGGUGGCCAACCCUUGACUUGGCAGAGGAGUAUGAAGGAGAUCACGAAACGCUUGGGUGCUGUCGUGCCUACUCGCUUUCUAGGAUGGGGACCGCGUGAUCCUCACUAUGCCUGGUUGGAGACACUGCAAGAUAUGGCUGCCAACCAAGUCAGUGGCGGCUGGGUUAUGCAACAUAUAGAAAAUCUCCCUCGAGAGCUUUGUUGCAAACCGGAGCCAUUUGUUGUACUUUCCGGCUUAGACAUUGAGAACAGUUCCGUGCAUCGAUCAAUAUGGCGGGCUUUUACUGCUAAUCGUAGCCGGGACCGUGAUCCAUUCAAGUUUCGAUGCCGUCCUAUUAACCAUAUGUUUCCUAAACCAAAGUUGAAGCCAGCGGGGGCGUACGACUGGUUCCUUCCUAAAGGCAUACUGAAAACCGGCUGGAUGCGCAAACACUUGGAGGAAAUCCCUGCCAUGGUUGCCGUAUUCUUUGACCUUGACUGGGACGAUCGAAAUUGGGAUGAGCGAUCUGUUGAAUGCGCCCAGCGUGUAGACACAGUCCGGUCCAAACUGGCGGGCCGAGAUAUCAAAUUGGUUGUCAUCCUGAUUCAGAAACGUGCCCCACUGCCUCUUGGCGAGGAUUUGAACGCAAUGGAACGUGCCCAAACGCUUUGCACCAAAUGUGACCUGCCUGGGAAAAACUUGUUUGUUUUGUCCCACACCAAUCUGUUAUACGGAUGCAUUACAAGGUUGGAGAGUGAAUUUCGUGAUAUGGCAGCCAAUUACUAUCACCAGCGAGCAAAACGCGUGAAGGCACACAAAGAUGGGUUGAACAAGGCCAGUCAUCAGCUCUUAUUCGUUCGAUACGAGUUCAAGAUUGCCUUCUUUGGUGAGCUGAAACAGGACCAGGCUCUUGCUUUGAAGCACUAUCAGCAGGCCUACACUCAUCUGCUUGAACAACGAAUGAUUGAUAUUCACUUGUUAGAGGUGAAGACUGUGGCGGCUUUCAUCAAUUACAAGAUUUGCCGGUUGGCUUUUCAGACCAAUGCCUCGGAGGCUAUCUCACAAUUCCGUAGGCAUAUUGAAUUUUUUUCCGGGCUCGUCGGGAUGCCGCAGUUGGCCUUCGAGCAUGAGGCAUGGAUGUCCAGACAAUUCGAAAUUCUCGGUGAUUUGUUUCAAGAAGCUAUUCAGCUCAGCCUAACAGCUCUGAUGACACAACAUCCUGGUCUGUACUAUCAAGAAGCCGCCAGACAUGCAAUCGCACGUCGCCAACUGUGCCAGACACUGUGCACUGCCGCUGCGAAUGCUCCAGAAACAGUACCAGAUCCAGAGCCGAAUGUAGCCUCAGGUCUAUCUGUUCCAGAAUCCCUUGAUCUCACUAUAUCGGAAGAGGCUACAGACAUGUAUUCCAUCCCGUCCACCUCCACCUCUCCACAAACGGAUCGGUCGAAAUCCAAGCGCAUGACAGUCACUGAUGCUAUGGACUUCGUCCGUGCACAGUCCCCCUUACGAUUUACUAGACGUGUUUCAGGCAGCGCUUCAGUUAGCCCAAAUGUCCGAUCCAUGUCAGCGGUUUCGCCCUCGUACCCAGACGGCGUUCCCAUAUCGGCUACGGAAAAAGUGGACGGACUUGAAUUCUACGGUCAGCGUCCAUGGAGACAGGGAGUGCAAAGUAUCGAACCGCCCAACAUGGCCAAAGAGCAAGAGGGCAUUCGUUUACUUCAGAAAGCCGAAUUGGGCGUUGUUCAUUCGGAGCUCAUCAUUCCUUUGCUGGAACAAACACAUCUACAGUAUAAGCGUUAUAAGGCGGAACGAAUGAAGCUGUACCCGUCUUUUCUUAUGGGAGCGGAAUAUUUUCAGAAGGGAAACUACGCGAAAGCACUAAGCUGUUAUCUGUCUAUAGUUGAUGAAUACAGGCGGGAGAAAUGGUGGCACAUCUGCACCGAUAUUCUGCAGCACAUUCUCAAAUGUUCUUACAUGACCGGGCUCAUUGAGACAUUCCUUUCUACGGCACUGGAAUUGAUUGGCCCUGAGACCCUGCUAGCCGUUUCAGACAAACAAAGUUUGCAACUUGCUGUAUUCCAGUUACUUCAGGGUAUGCCUCCUGACCCGAUAUUUUUCAUGCCCGAACUUACGCAAAUCCCCGAAGAGACAACCGCACUAUGGACAAGGCAUUUACGUCAGUUGCUGUCUGCCACGGUGACUGAUCAACCUGAACUCGCCGUCGUUAGCGCACCUCCUGCCACGGAUCAGACCACUGUUGUCAAUGAGCCUCGAGUGGAGAUAGAUGUUUGUCGUCUGGCUGUUUGUGUUGAAUGCAAAGUGGCUUUUGCUCGGCCUCAGAACACUCUGGAUCAGCCCAUUCAGCUGGCCGUCUUCUUCAGGUCCCACGCGCCGUUUGCGUUCAAUGUUCGGCGGGUUCAAGUCGAUUUUGUACACUUUGCGAAACCGGAUGGACUGCGCUCGGACAAAUGCAAACAAUGGCAGUCAAGUGAGUCUUGGAACAUACCGUUCCAGCUAGAACGUACAGACGUGGCGAAAGUGCUGCUGUUCUCUCUGGAUGCGCACAAUCUCGGGCAACGUUUGAGGGUGGAUACGGUACGUGUUGAAUUGGGACGUCCUUCAACCGAUACAGACCAAUUAGACCAAACGAAGGAGGUGUACUUGUCUCUGAUUUGGCAGUUGUCCAAUUCAACCGAAGAUUCUUUAGAACCCAGCGUAGAACCGUCUGUCAAAUCUCCCACACGUAAGGGGACACCAGCAUCCAAAUCCCAUACUCCUUCAUCCACUUUUGGACUCUGGAACGAGGCCAAAUUGCCGUCAGCUCCGGAACGGCAGUAUCAACACCAACCGGUUACGGUUAUUUGCCCGAAAACAGGGGUGCCGAUAGAAAUUCCCGCUUUUCCACCAGCUUGGGAUCUUUUGGGAAACAAUAUGCAAACUGAGAUCCGAGAACGUGAAUCGAAAUUAGAGGUGAAUCUAGUACACACCUCACCGGCUCUCACUCAGGAAAUUUAUGCGGUACAGUGUCACGUGCACAAUACGGAAUCGAUCGAAGCCACACAUGUCACCCUAUCUGUCAGUUUGACUAGGCAGCCCGCCAUCCAUUCUUCGGAGGACACCUCUGUCGGGGACUCUGUGCAUCGGGAAUUGCGCCCUCGAGGAUUGAAAGAACCGGACCAGAUCAGUAUUAACGAUCCUACUCCGUUGGAAAGUCACAAGCGCUCAGGUGCCAAUAUCGGUACGUCUACAACCCAGUUGUCUGAUUUGGCUCCGAACGAACACACAACCUGUACCCUGUUCCUACGCUGUGCCAAUGCGGGUCCACGCAGUCUUCGGUGUCAACUGAACUACCGAACUAGUUUACUGAUUCCAUCUGUUCCACACUGCCUACUCACUCUUUCUCCCUCUCUGGAUCAAGACGUCGCAUGUAGCAUCCGUCUCCAAGCGACUGAUGAUCAAUCUUCCUCGGACUCAAAGGCCGAUCGAUUCGAAAGUCAAUGUGCCAAGGUUGCUAUGACUGAAAUCAACGUAUCCAAUCCGUUCCGGUCCACACCCCAGUUGUCUGAUUUGACUCCGAACGAACACACAACCUGUCCCCUAUUCCUACGCUGUGCCAAUGCGGGUCCACGCAGUCUUCGGUGUCAACUGAACUACCGAACUAGUUUACUGAUCCCAUCUGUUCCACACUGCCUACUCACUCUUUCUCCCUCUCUGGAUCAAGACGUCGCAUGUAGCGUCCGUCUCCAAGCGACUGAUGAUCAAUCUUCCUCGGACUCAAAGGCCGAUCGAUUCGAAAGUCAAUGUGCCAAGGUUGCUAUGACUGAAAUCAACGUAUCCAAUCCGUUCCGCCUCACCUGGCAAACAUUGUCCAUUCUCCAAGCACCCAUCUCGGACCUCAUCGUCGGCGAGGACUUUAUACUCCAGCUCCACUUGACAAACAGUUCACCCUGGGAUUUGGAAGUUCUCAGUACGCGAUUCAAACUGUCCGACACUGUUGUAUUUUCGGACGGUAAUCAAGAUGUUCAAAUCAAAGAUCUGUGUGUUCAGGCCGAGUGCCGAGUCACUGAAUGUCAGAUCCUGACAGUCAGUCGACUGGACCAAGAAAACGGAGUAGUCAAUCUUGGACAAUAUGAAGUAUCUUGGAGACGUAAAUCGACGACCGAAAACUCCAAUUCCGCGCUGGUAUUGACCACCAGCUUUGAUCUGUUCUCUUGCACUGUCCUCGAACUCCCCGUGCGGGUACGGGCUGAUAUCCCUACGAUAGGCACAGUCCUCACUCCGUUGCCUGUUUUCUUCGUGCUUGAAAACCAAACAAUUUAUCCACAGGAAGUCCUCAUUCAGCUGGAACCUUCUCCGAGUUUCAUGUUCUCCGGCCAGCACAAACUACGUCUGCGUGUUCUCCCCGGUUCUCCCCAAUUCUUACGUUACUUAUUUCUCCCCUUAUUUACUGGUUAUCUUGUUAUCCCACGCCUACGUAUCACUCUCACGCGAGUGGACGGUUCCGGUCCUGGGGAUGAACAAACUUUGAAGCUUCACAUGGAAGAACGGAUGCUUCGGCAAAUACCGACUCAUGUGUUCGUUGUACCAUCAGAAACAACUUCCGCGCCCCAAGCUGCGCCAAACCUGCUCGGUGACCAACCUGUUCCUGUCACUUAAACCGCCCGGUGCACCUUGACAAAACGUACCAUUCACGUACUGGGCACUCAAAACCUCAGUCCGGUGCUCCAGCAUUCUCUCCACUUACUUGUCUCUUUUUUAAAAUGACCUGUGUCAGCUUCUUACUUAAAUGCCUCCCUAGACGACAGUUUUCGUCUUAUCAUCUUCUCGAAUCCGCCAGAAAUCUUGCUUCUUUCUUGCACUUUCUGUGAUCUGUUUUACAACAUACACACUGGCAGGCUUAAUUGGGCUCGGCUAAUAAAGACAUUCUGUGUUUCUACCAUCGAUUGUUUGACACACUUGAAAUUGCAGUUCGUAAUCCGCUUGCAGACUCCAAAUGCAAUUUGAU